GCCGCGGUUUUGAGAUUAAAAAAGAAGGCAAGAACAAGAAACUACUCUGGCAAUUGUAACCUUACAAGUUGGGAUCGGCAUCUGUUGGUUACAGCCCUCAGAUUCCGUGAUGUUCCUCAUAGUGUCAAAGUGUCAAAUCUGAACCUUGGACUGAAAGCUUAAUUUUCUUGCACCUUGUUUUGUCGGCGCAGUAUUUAGUCUCAGUUGCUUCCUAGCCAUCUGUGUGUAUAUCAUGAAGCGUUUUUUUUAUAUGAAAGUAAAUACGAUGCUCAAAAUGCGACCACUGUUGUUUGUUCAGUUGGUAAUCGUUCCUUGCAUGUGAAGAUAUCCCAUUGUGCUUCAGGUGGCAUCAGCCAGGGCAAUUUAAUUAUUCAUCUUGGAGUCAUUACUCAUUAACCAGUGAAUAUUGUUUAUACUUCUUGUUGAACUGUAACAUCAAAUUUACUUUUUCGUUUCUGAAUUUCCAUAAUGUCUAUGCACCAGAGUUUUUUUUUCCUUAGAGCAACAGGGAUAUCUCAUCCCCGGUUCCAUUAAUCAGCUCAAUGAAACCUUGGCAGAGCAGGUUCAACAACUUACAUCACGCACAAACAUGUCUUUGUAAAGGAAACAAGGGAAAAGCAGCAGUGACCAGGACCAAAUGCACCAGAGUUUCUAUCACCUGGUUCAACUUGUAUUUGAGAAACUUGUGUGGCCCUUCAUUUCGCAUUCAGCAUUGUUACGUUUCUGGUUUUACAGAGUAAAUACAUCGUUUUAUAUUUGCAGCGUAUGUUUAUGUUUCAGUGAUCCACGAUCCAUUUUGGAUAGGACUAAUUUUUACCUCAGGAUCUUCUGGAUCAUGUUUGACCAUUUCAUGCCUUGUAGUAAUCUUGUUUGGUGCGUAAUUCGAGAUUUAACUUCCAUGUUUCAGGAAACAAAAUGGUGGAACUGAAAUUUGAAGCACCCCGGAAAAAAGAGUUACUUGCCCUGCACAAUUAUGGUGAUAAUGGUAAGGAUGAAUCGAUUACAGUAAGAAGUGAGUACCCACAAUACCCUGUCCCUCGUAUUGAAGUUACUGAGGGUUUUGAUUUCAAAAAGGUUGAGGAGAUUGUUCAUGAAAAUGAUGUUAAGAUUGCCAAGUCCAUAAAAAACGACAUAAUCAUCCCAGACCCUGCUCCACAGAUGGUGUGCGAUACCUUCUUCGACAAAUAUCCCAAAUUCGAGCCCAUCCUUGUAAAGGAUAAUGUCCGGUGCUUCCUCCGAUUUUUCAAGAAAUGUGGACAUGGCAUGUCAUGGGAUCUUACCAUCACUGCACAAACCUUAACCUGCAUUGUCAGUUUCAAUGCCCUCCGAUGUGCAAAAGUUGUAUUGAAGGGCAUGGCACCUGAGCUCUAUGGGAUGCAUGCUAAUCCCAACUGCAUAAACCAUUAUGGAUACUUUGCGCUCCACGAAGCUGCUGAUAGGUUCUCUGUUGACAUGAUCAAGCUGCUUUUACGCCAUGGUGCAUCACCCAAUGUGCGCACAAUUGGCAAUGAAAUCAUUGAGAAUCUACUCCCGCUCCAUGUCGCAGUUGAGAAUACUUGCCUGCAUAAGUAUCUGGAGGACAAUCUUUCUCACAGCCAGAAUCAUCUAGAUUAUAUCUACAAGCUUAUUCAUUUGUUGUGUCUACCUGAAAUGAAGAUCUUCUUGGAUACAACUAGACUGCUUGCAGAAAAAACAAAUAAUCUACUUCAAGAGGUCUGGAAUUACAUUGAGAAUGGAAAAAUUAUCCAGUCUGCAGUUCUACUACUGGCUGCUCAAGACAAGAUCCGUGGGGGCAGUUCUUCCAAGAUAAAUGGCAGUAGUAAGGAAAAUGGGUUUGACAUUAUCAAUAAAUGCAUAGUGAGGCUUUCAUUUGCCUUGAAAUGGGAGAAAGGUUUAGAUGGAAUGGCACAGGAUGGUCUGGAGGAAAGGAAGAAACUUAUUGAUUGCGCAUGGCUGCUUGUUGAUGUAAUUUCCCAUGCCGGUGAAGAUCUUUCUGCACACAUUCAAGCGUAUUCUGAGGCUUGUAUGUCAUGUAGGUGUCCCAUGUGGAGGCUCUUUCGACAUGUUUCAUCAAUCCUCAAAGAGUACGGACUUUGCCAUACCGGAGAUUUCUUGGACACUCUGAACCUCCGGCCUUAUGACUGCAGAAAGUCAAGCGGAGAGUCAUGCAAAGGGCUUACAGAUGCAAACAUGGCAGUUACGGGAACGGCCAAUCUGGAUGCUGCAGAGGAAAAGGCUGUGAGAAAGAAAGGAGGCGGAGGAUGGGAUCCCACAUAUACAAAGAGAAGUUUUUACCCUUAUUGGAGAUCAGUAUUACUAGCCCGGUUUCCUGUGAAGGUGUAUCCAGCCUAUGAUCCUAGGUCUGGGCUUAAACCUGGACAACUCCGUGUCUGUGUGAGUAAAAAGUUAAUGGCCAAUUCAUCUUCUCCAUCUCCAAAUCAUAAACUUGGUCCAGCGCAAAAAAUCUCGCCACUUAAAAGAAAUAACCAACCCAGAAGGUGCUUUAUCACUGCUGCUACUGGUGCAUUCAGGCUCUUGAAGGCGCUAAAGUAGAGUAGAAAGGUAUGCCAGGAGUUUUCAUCUCCCUGUCCCAAGUUUUCUGAAGAUGCCCCACAUAAACGGACACUAUUUAAGUCUGAAAUGGGUCGCGCCCUUGGAGACCGGCUGCCAUGUAAGAGGCAGCCGCUAAGGAAGCCCCUCUGUUUGCUGAGGGAUCCAUGCGGCCACUAGCUCGAGUUGUGGGGCUGUGGGGUUCCUCAACCUCCACGUAUUGAUGCCAGGGGUGCCUUCGCCUUGCUCGUGCCGAUGACUCCCUCUGCCCUCUCUCCCUAGUUUCCUCCAUGGUUGGUGAACUCAAGGACCCCUUCAACCCGGACUUCCAUCGAGCUGCUGAAGGAUCCUUUGGAGUUCAACUGUUACGACCCUUUUACUGCACAGGCUUAAGCAAUUGUAAAUUCCAUGGUGAAAUUUUGUCACAUUCAAAGUGUAUAUGCCAAUGCGACUCAGGUUAUCGUGAUCAUUUCUGUAUUGAUCAUGGAGGAUGUAACUCAAUUUUUUAUACGUCUACCAGGGUGGAGUUUCUUUAGAAGCUUAUGCAGUAACCAUUACUCUUGCUGUUCC